AUGGUAAUGGAGGAGGAGAACUGUACCUCUGUGACAGAGUUCAUUCUUCUUGGAUUAUCAGAUGCCCCUGAGUUGAGAGUUUUUCUUUCCCUACUGUUCAUUUUCAUCUAUGGAUGCACAGUUUUGGGCAACCUGGCAAUGAUUGCACUAAUUCGAGUGAGCUCUCGACUUCACACCCCCAUGUACUUUUUCCUUAGUCACUUGUCUUUUGUGGAUUUUUGCUAUUCCACAGUAAUUGUGCCAAAAAUGCUGGCUAAUAUCUUAAGCAAGGAAAAAGCCAUCUCCUUCCCAGGAUGCAUGGUGCAAUUCUAUCUGUUUUGUACAUGUGUAAUCACUGAAGUCUUCCUGCUGUCAGUGAUGGCUUAUGACCGCUUCUUGGCCAUCUGUAGCCCACUGCUAUACAUGGUCUCCAUGUCCCAGAAAGUCUGUGUGGCUUUAGCUUCCGGCUGCUACCUCUUUGGAAAUGUGUGCUCUUUGAUUCACUUGUGUUUAGCUCUUAAGAUCCCAUCAUAUAAGUCAAAUAUAAUUAACCACUUCUUUUGUGAUCUACCACCCAUCUUUACUCUUGCUUGCUAUGACAUCUCUCUAAAUGAACUCAUGGUGUUCAUUGUGGCCACAUUCAAUGAGAUCAUCAGCAUCAUGAUCAUUCUUACCUCCUACUUGUUUAUUCUCAUCACCAUCCUGAGGAUACGCUCCGCAGAAGGAAGGCGAAAAGCUUUUUCUACUUGUGCCUCCCACCUCACAGCCAUUGUUGUCUUCCAGGGAACAAUCCUUUUCAUCUACUGCCGGCCCAGUUCUGACAACAAUCCGGAUACUGACAAAGUGGCCACAGUGUUCUACACCGUAGUGAUUCCUAUGCUCAAUCCCCUGAUUUAUAGUCUGAGGAACAAGGAUGUGAAGGAAGCUCUCAAGAAAGUGUUGGGAUCUAAAUUACCUUUACGAUAA